AAAAUCAUAAAGGAGAGGGGUUAUUGGGAUUUGAGUGCCUGACAUUUCAGGCCAACCUUUUCUAUUCGCCACGUGGUAACCAAUUUAGCCACCUCAGACCACGUGUAAUUCCCAUGAGGAUGCCUGCUGUACAUGCAAGUGUUCGCAGCAGAUCCCGAGUGGCUUUGACGCCUGAACAAGUGGCUUCCCAACAAAAGUUGAACUCCAUUCAAAUAGCCAAAUCUUUGAUGUUUGAUCAACAUCAAUGAGCAUGACAGGGUAGAAGAACCUCCAUAUCGAUCAGAUCCGAGAAUGGAACAAGUGAAGCUAUUUGGAGCUUUUCCAAGCCCAUACGUUUACAGAGUAAUCUGGGCUCUGAAACUCAAGGGUGUGAAAUAUGAGUACAUAGAAGAGGAUCUCUCCAACAAGAGUGCUUUGGUCUUGGAGUACAACCCAGUUCACAAGAAGGUUCCCGUUCUUGUUCAUGGUGGAAAGCGAAUUGCAGAGUCCAUCGUUAUCCUCGAAUACAUCGAAGAAACAUGGCCGAGUAACCCUCUGCUGCUUCCACAAGAUCCUUAUGAGAGAGCCCAAGCUCGGUUCUGGAUCAAAUUUGGAGAAGACAAGGGAGCAACCUUCAUUGCAGUGUUUUGGUCUGUUGGGGAACAACAGGAGAAGGCAUUCAGAGAGGCCUCGGAAGUGUUGAGAACCAUUGAAGAGCGUGCUCUUGGAGAGAAGAAGUUCUUCGGUGGAGAUAGAAUUGGAAUGGUGGAUAUAGCAUUCGGGUGGAUUGCUCUCUGGAUGGAAGUGAUGGAAGAGCUCAAAGGGGUGAAGUUGAUGGAACCCCAUGCGUUUCCUCGCCUGCAUGCAUGGAUGGAGAAUUUUAAGGGGAUCCCUGAAAUCAGAGACAACCUUCCUGAUCGCCAUAGAAUGUUGGUCCAUUUGAAACGUAGAAUGGAGAUGGUGGCCAAAUCGCAGUAAUGAAAAAACUAGAUUCUUGGGUGGUCUUUGGUCUUUUGUAGUUGGAGUCAGGGCUUCCCCUCUCUUAGGCUUCUCUGUUCUCACUAGGGCUUGAGAUAGUUUAAUGCUUAUGUUGCAAUAUUGUAGCUUGUGUUUUCCUGUAUUUUCUGAGUGGGUAAAAGCUUGGUUUCGGGGUUCCGAGUCAAAGAACUGGUAAAGCAGAGUGCUAAAGUACGACCGGUGGGCGAUUCGAUCGAUCACCGAAUUAACAUGGCCCACCGAUUAAACCCACCGAAUUAGAAUCGGUGGCGCACUGGUAUGAUUCCACGUUUUGUUAUUAUUAGCGGUGAACAUUAUUUUAGUUCUUGAAAUUUUUCAUCAUACCCCUCUGUACAUAGGGAUUUUUUUCUUUUUA